AUGGCUUCACACAGCACAUGCUGGGGAGCGGCUGGUGCGGUGCACACGAACCUCCACACAAAUACACCACCAAAAGCCGAACGACACGACCUCCCGGUGGAGCGAAACCACGAAUCUUUCGAAAGAACAAAAAACAACACCACUACUACCACCAACAACAACAACUACGACAACAAAAGCACCAACGACAACAAAAACAACAAAGACCAUUCAGCAAACGACAAUGGAGCGCCACCAACAGAAAACAGUGCAGUGAAUAGCAACAACAGUAGCAACAGUAGCAACAACGGGAGCACGCAAAUUGCCGAAACGAACCCGAGCGGAAAACAACAACAACAAAGCAAUGUGGCAAAAAUGUGA